AGGCGAAGAAGAACCAUUGAUCUUAUUUGUGAAUGCAAGAAAAUGGCGGCAGAUAUAUACAGACUCACAUGACUAAUAGCAUUUCAUUGAAACAUUAAGUGUUUGCAGAACAAAUACAUAUCUCUUCGGAUAAUCAUUUUAUUUUAAUAUUAACGAUCGUCAAAAUACAGCAUGUUUGUUGCUCGAAGUAUUGCUGCAGACCAUAAGGAUCUCAUACAUGAUGUAUCCUAUGACUUCCAUGGUCGGCGAAUGGCGACUUGUUCCAGUGACCAAAGUGUCAAGGUGUGGGACAAAAGUGACGAUGGAGAGUGGCAUUGCACUGCUAGCUGGAAGACCCACAGCGGGUCAGUGUGGCGGGUGACCUGGGCCCACCCGGAGUUUGGCCAGGUGUUGGCAUCCUGCUCCUUUGAUCGGACUGCGGCUGUGUGGGAGGAGAUUGUGGGAGAGUCCAAUGACAAACAGCGGGGCCUCAGCCACUGGAUUAAAAGAACCACAUUGGUGGACAGUCGUACAUCCGUGACCGAUGUAAAGUUUGCGCCCAAGCACAUGGGCCUGAUGCUGACCACCUGCUCGGCCGAUGGGGUGGUGCGCAUUUAUGAGGCGCCAGAUGUCAUGAACCUUAGCCAGUGGUCCCUGCAGCAUGAGAUCUCCUGCAAGCUCAGCUGCUCCUGCAUCUCUUGGAACCCCUCCAGUUCCCGGGCCCACCCCCCUAUGUUUGCUGUCGGCAGUGAUGACAAUGUCACCUACACUGGGAAGGUUCAGAUCUUCGAAUACAACGAGAACACAAGAAAGUACGCAAAGGCUGAGACUCUGAUGACUGUCACUGACCCAGUGCAUGAUGUCGCCUUUGCCCCCAAUCUGGGCCGCUCCUUCCACGUCCUCGCCAUAGCAACCAAAGACGUACGAAUCUUCAAGCUUGUCCCAAUGCGGAGGGAGACAGCCACCACGUCAGGCCCCACCAAGUUCGAGGUGCAGGUCAUGGCCCAGUUCGACAACCACAACUCACAGGUGUGGCGAGUGAGCUGGAACAUCACCAGCACGCUGCUGGCUUCAUCCGGAGACGACGGCUGCGUCCGGCUUUGGAAAGCAAAUUACAUGGAUAACUGGAAGUGCACAGGGAUCUUGAGGGGUGAUGGCACCCCAGUUAAUGGGACUUCUGGUCAAGCAGGGGCGGCCAAUGUCAUAGGGGCCUCUGGGACACUGGCGUCCCAGGCGGCGGUCGGCGGGGCGGCGUCUGCCGGGAGAUAUUUCUUCCCCCACCUGGACCCCCCUAGGACAGGCUCCAGGCUUGGCCACCUCCUCCCCCCACUCACUCAUCGAGCAGACGUGUGACUCGGAGCCCGGGAUGGCACAGCCCCCUCAGCUCCGCAGGAGGUUCAUAGCUCCCCCCAGCAGUCAGAUCCCCGAGCACGACUGACAAAUUGACUAGGCCUGUCUGCCUGCCUGGGUCACAGUCAUGCACACCUGUGUAGAUGUUUUCACUGAGAGGAUGUUGAAAUGAAGCCAUCUUGUUUGACAAUCGAAGGCUGAACUUGUUUGUGGCAUACAUUUUGUUUAAACUAAAUGAUGAUUUUAGCAUAGGUUCUCUGUUGAUCCUUACCGGUGGAAAGGCAUGGGUCACAUUUUGGCCCACAGGAUAUGUGUCUUUAAAAAGUGCAUUACUAAUGUUUUUGUGUUAUUCAUUUCAACUACCUCAUGGGGCAUGAAGGUAUUAUUCAAACACACUUAUUUGUUUUUAGUUCAGCUACUCUACUAGAAAUUAAUCGGUUGAAUCCCUAGUUCUAAUACUUCUGUUCGUGUUUACUGCCCUGUUUGGUGCAGUGUCGUAGCCAGGAGCUCCCCCUGCAAGGCACAACAACCCCGGUGGAGAGGCUCAGUUGCUGGGGAUCAGAGGCAGGCAGGAUGCUGGGUCAUGGCCUGAUGGCUGGUGGUGGGGAGUUUUUCCUAAGGGGGUGCACCAGACAGUUGCCCUGAAACCUACAGCACUGUGCCCUAAUUACACACCUGGCCAGCCUGUGGCUAUGUCUGGGCCAGGACUGGCCACACGCACACACUUUUUCUUACUAAUAUUUAUACCUUUUUUUUUUUGCUUACACACACACACGUGUAGGCUUAAAUGCAUGCAAUGAACACAUACAGAUGCAAGUGUGUGUGCUUGAGAUAUGAAACACACUAGACACACUUUCAGACAUUUACCCCUCCCCAAUCCCUUCCACACAUCCCUUUACCCACAUACACGGACACAAACACACACUACACAAGUCAGAUGCAUACACAUACACACACACACACACAAAGGGCUCAGCCACUCUUGUCCGUGCCACCAGCCUCCUCAAAUCUCAGCCACGGGGGUCCCCCCACCCUUCUGUAAAUGAACCUUUUAGGAGGGUAAAUGAUUCGGCCCCGUUUAUGUCCCCACCCCCCACACACACCCCUCCUCCUGUGGCUGUCUCAUCUGCACAGACGAAGCCACCCUGGCAACAGGCCCAUGCCCCCCAGGGGGGUAAGGAUUCAUUCAAUUAAAAUCUCACCAGGGGGUAGUGUCUGGGGUCUAACUCCACACACAGGCACAUAUAUACAUACUUAGACACACAUUCUGGUUGCCCUGAGUAUGUCUGGAAGUAGACUGGUUAAUGACAUUUUUGGUGUGUGUGUGGCUGUGUUGUUUUUCUAAAACUGCUUUGUGCUGCCAUGCCUUUUAAUCAGAUGGUAUUGUUUUCAGUCUGCAGAGACAUCUACAUUAUGGGGGACGCACUGAGGUUUUCAGAAAGUGCUCAGCAUCAGCAUUUGUGUGUGUGUGUGUGUGUGUGUGUGUGGUGGAGUGAGUUCAAUUAUAUUCUUAUAUUCUUCUCCCAAGAUAAUUGCCUGUGGCCUUUCCAAGAGUUAAAAGUGUGGAUGUGGUCUCCAUCAUCAUAUGCUUUGAUUGAAAUAUGAGCUUUGGAUUUUCUGCCAACAAAAGCCAAGUGAGAUCAGUUUGGCAGGACUAUUUCUUGAAAAUAAAAAUUACAUUGAUUAUUGA